GAAUCAAACUUCACUGCUGUUCUGAAUGUGGCAAACAGUUUACACAGAGAGGCCAUCUUCAGAUCCACCAAAUAAUCCACACAUGGGAGGAGCCAUAUUGCUGCUCUGAAUGUGGUAAACAGUUUUCAGAAAGAAGCAGUCUUCAGCGCCACAAAAUAAUUCACACCGGGGAGAAGCCAUAUUGCUGCUUUGAAUGUGGUAAACAGUUUUCAGAAAGAAGCCGUCUUCAGCGCCACAAAAGAAUUCACACAGGAGAGAAGCCAUAUGACUGUUCUGAAUGUGGUAAAAAGUUUUCACAGAGAAGCCAUCUUAAGAGUCACCAAAGAAUCCACACAGGAGAGAAGCCAUAUUGCUGUUCUGAAUGUGGUAAACAGUUUUCAGAUAGAAGCAGUUUUCAGCGCCACAAAAUAAUUCACACAGCACAAAAGCCAUAUUGCUGUUCUGAAUGUGGUAAAAAGUUUUCACAGAGAAGCCAUCUUCAGAACCACCAAAGAAUUCAUACAGGGCAGAAGCCAUAUGACUGUUCUGAAUGUGGUAAAGCGUUUUCAGAGAGAAGGUAUCUUCAGAAACAUCAAAGAAUUCACACAAGAGAGAAAAAAAUGACACAAAACUCCCCCACCUUGUCCACAGAUGAACACAGUACAAUGCUAAGCAGCAGAAGAAAUAAUUCAUAAAGUUUUAAAACAAAAAAGCUAUUGUAAUGGAAGGAUUUUUCUAAAGAGAGGGGGGGAUCAAGAGAGCAGA